AUGAGUUUUGCUGGCCUACAGAAGCGCCUGCAGAAGAAGGCGGCAGCCGCCGCCGCAACGGAGACAGUUGCGUCCUCCUCCCCCUCUCCGGGAGCAAAACUUGAUCCCACAAUUUCCGCCAGCACCGUCUACGACGUUGCUGCUCGAGAAGCACGUGUGAAUUAUGAGGAACGCAAACGGCAGCGUUCUCCUCACGAGGAGGCGGGGCCGGCGCGCAACGCUCCUGCGAAUGAUGGCGGUGGGUGUGCCAGCGUGCCGUCUGAGCGGCUUUCAGCAGAAAAGGCAAUUAAAAAGCAUCUAACAGAGAUGGAAUUUCUAGAGCGGCGACGCUUAGCCGAGGAAGCGGUGUUGCAGUGCGCGGAGGCCAUGUCAAGGAGCAUGGAGCCAGCAUCCACCGCUAGCAGUACAGCUGGUAUCAAAAGCGAGUCCGAGUUGCAUUAUUUAAGUGGCUUGCCAGCGCCACUGUGUCAGUUCCUUGAACGACGCCUGCAACGUUCAUUGGAUGCCACUGCAAUGUCGAUUGAUGCAUGUGAAGAGGAGGAGCACGACCUCCUCUCCGUGCUGAAAGUCGCGCUGAAGAGACCCAGCAACGAGCACGUGAUGGUUCCUCAGCAGCUAGAGCCUCUUAUCACCAUCUUGCGUGUCCUCUGGCUUGCCUUGUGUUGGCAUUGGGCCAUGGCACUUAGCGGGAAGAAGGGAGGUGAUUCUCCUGAGGAGGGGUGGUCUUACAAUGUCUACCUGCUCUCAAGGCACGCGCUACCCGAUCUGGUGCGCACCACGCGAGGACGUGAUGUGGCGCUGGCCUUGGAAGCCUGGCAGGCCGCAUAUCGUGUGCGGCAAAACAUGCUUGACUUCCUGGCAUAUAUACUCCAUGAUGUGGGGGUGGUCGUGCGGCUAUCAGGGAGUGAUGGCUCAACGAGUGACGAGGAGCCACGCAUUGUGCCGUUGAAGCUCGUGGACAGUAUAUUCCUUAUGGUGCAACACUUGCGCUGUCGGGACUUUGCGGCGUGUCGCCAAGUCUAUGUUGACCUUACGAUGGGAACCGCAAACUGGAAAUUGGGCCUUUUUUCGGGCGGGGAGGUGCACAUGCGGCGAUCCAUGGAGCGCAUCGAGCGCCGCCGCAUUGAACACCUCCUCCACAAUGAAAGGGCUGUACGCAUUUUGCAUGUGCUGCGAGAGUUGAUGGAUUUUGUGCAGGCGAACGAAGUGGCUUUGCUGCACUCCGGUCUCUUCGCCGCGGAAAAGUCGGGGCAAGAGCAUAACUGA